CUGGCUUCUCCGCUCAUUUUUCUUUUUUUUUUUGUUUGGAGGAGAGAUUUUACAAUCUGGACGUAAACGACUUUCUCUCCUAGCGUCUCCUGGUUUUCCUUCCAAGGCAUGAAUAAUUACGCUAAGGUCGUUCUGUCUGUCCUGCUGCUGCUGUUGGUGAUGGUGCCGUUGUGUCUAAGCACCAGGUUCACCCUCCUCUUGGCCAUGCCCAACACUUCCACACCUUUCAGCGUGGGCCGCAUCGGAGCCGCGGCUCUCAUCGCCAUCGACGCGGUGAAUAACAGCACGGAGAUCCUGCCAGGUCACCAGCUCGACUUUCGGUACGUGGACGAUGAAUGCGACGAUCUGGUCGGCCCGGGAAGGAUCGUCGCUCUGCAGCAAAAACACAAUUUCAGCGCAUUCAUCGGCCCCUGCUGCUCAAACGUGUGUGCAGUGACGGCUAAGCUAGCGGCUUACUGGAACAUCGCUAUGGUCAGUCCUGUUUGUGCAGAUCAGCAGUUUUUAGACAAAAAGGCGUUUCCCACCCUGACGCGAGUGUUCGGGCCCUUCACCAAGUUGGGAACCUUCUUCGUAGAGAUUUGUAAGCAGUUCGGAUGGCAGCGUAUUAGCAUCAUUUAUAACAAAGAACCCACGUGGAGUACUCCGGCAGAAGGGAUUCGGUACCAAGCAGAGCAUAAUAACAUCACAGUGGCAAACUAUCUGGAAAUUGAUGGUCCUCCUACCCAUAAUUCCACUGUGCUGCAGUCGAAGGCUCUGACUGAGAUCUCCAGCUCGUCGCGCAUUGUAGUGAUCUCAGCUCAUGGCGAAAUGGUGCGCAGUUUAAUGAUCGAAGCUCAUGGUCAAGGUCUGACCAGCGGAGAAUUUAUCUUCAUCUGUUUCAUGCCCUACAGUCAGGAUGAACUGUUCGGCAGUUUCGAAUGGAACCAAGGAGAUGAGUAUGACUCGGUGGCCAAGCAGGCCUAUCAGGCACUUUUCAUUCUGUCUAUGUACAAGCCUGAUGAUGAGCGUUACAGAGCUUUCGCUGAGGAUGUCAUCAUGAGGUCAAGGACGGACUUUGGCUACAUGUAUGAACCUCAUGAGAAGGUAUCGGUUCUGGCAGCUAUCGCUCAUGACAGCGUCUGGAUUUACUCUCUGGCUUUGCAUGAAACUUUGACCGAGAACUCCGACCCGUUUAAUGGUUUUAAGGUCACUCGGCGGAUGUGGAACAGAACCAUCAUGGGUAUCCAAGGAGAUGUGACGAUCGAUGCUAGCGGGGACCGUGAGCCGGCUUACAUGCUGAAACACAUGCAGAGCAGUGACGGCCAGUAUCAGGUCAUUGCUAACUACUUUGGGACCCGUAAGGUGUAUGAGGCAGUGGAAGGAAUUCACAUCAGCUGGCCUGGAGGAAGGCAGAGUCCUCCUAAAGAUUCCCCUCCAUGUGGAUUUAAAGGAGAACUCUGCACCAGCACAGAGAGCAGAUUUUCAUUUGCAGCGGGACUGAUUGUGGGAUUGAUUGCCAUAGGGACUCUUUCAGUUUGUAUUCUCUACAGGAAGUACAAACUGCAGCAGAAGGCCUCCAUGAUGCUGUGGAAGAUCGAUGCCAGUGAUGUCAUCAUGAUGGAGUCUCGCUGUUCGGCAGAGGCGAGCCAGCUGCUGGGACGCAAAUCCAUACAGGCUUCACUCGAGUCCAUCAUUUUCAUCAUGCAGGACAAACCCUCAGCCCAGCCAACCGCUGUUUAUAAUGGGACUGUUUGCUGUGUUCGCUUCCUGAGUGUGAGAAGUGUGCAUCUGAGCGGUGACCUCCUGACCGAGCUAAAACGGUGCAGAGAUUUGAGCCACCAGAACAUCUGUAAUUUCAUUGGAGCAUGCCUGGACUCACCGCAGCCAGUUAUCCUGACCGAAUACUGCCCUAAAGGAAGUCUGCAGGACAUUUUAAAAAAUGACUCCAUUAAGCUGGACUGGAGCUUCAAAUGUUCCCUAAUGCUGGAUAUUGUGAAGGGCAUGGACUACCUUCACCGCAGCCCUCUACAUUCCCACGGCCGCUUGUCCUCCUCCAACUGUGUGGUGGACAGCCGCUUCGUCCUCAAGGUCACUGACUUCGGCCUGAGCAAGCUGAGACACGCUGGCACAGUGGACCACUGGAGCUCGCUGCUAUGGAGAGCUCCUGAGAUCCUGAGGCAAGCCGUUCCUGCUAGCGGCACUCAGAAAGGAGACGUGUACAGUUUUGGCAUCAUCGCUCAGGAAGUGGUGUACCGCAGAGGACCUUUCUACAUCCCUAACAGCUCCCUCAAGGCCAGAGAGAUCGUGGAGCUGGUGAAGGCGGGCGGGCGCAGGCCGUUACGGCCGCACGUGGACGCCUCCGAGUGCGAGGACGGUGUGGAAGCUCUGUUGCUAAGCUGUUGGAGAGAAAGCGCAUCAGAGAGGCCGGAUUUCUCCUCGCUCAGGACCACCGUCAAGAAAAUGUGCCCCAGUGGUGGGAAGAUCCUGGACGAUUUGUUGUCACGUCUGGAGCACUACGUGUGUAAUCUAGAGGAGAUGGUAAGCGACCGAACGGCUCAGCUGCAGGAGGAGAAGAAAAAAGCAGAGGCUCUCCUUACCCAGAUGUUGCCACGAUCCGUAGCCGCGCAGCUCAUAGCCGGGAGGACGGUGCGAGCCGAGACCUACGACUGUGUCACUGUUUAUUUCAGUGACAUUGAAGGCUUUACGGAGAUGUCGGCCUCCCUCACGCCGAUGCAGGUGGUGAACAUGCUCAAUGACUUGUACACACAUUUUGACAACAUCAUCGACAACCAUGAUGUGUAUAAGGUAGAAACAAUAGGCGACGCCUACAUGGUGGUGUCAGGCCUUCCUAUAAGAAAUGGAGACGAGCAUGCCAGAGAGGUAGCCAGAAUGUCGUUAGCCGUAGUGCAGGGCAUGGAGCACUUCCAGAGCGUACACGUUCCCGAACAGCGUCUGAAGGUCCGCAUUGGAAUUCAUUCAGGGCCGUGCGUUGCUGGUGUUGUGGGUCUAAAAAUGCCACGCUACUGUUUAUUUGGAGACACUGUCAACACUGCCUCGAGGAUGGAGUCAUAUGGUUUACCAUUGAAGAUCCAUGUGAGCAGUUCUACUAAAUCUCUAUUGGACACUUUUAUGGCAUUCCAGUGCGAGCUGAGAGGAGACAUACACAUUAAGGGAAAAGGUUUGGUAAGAACGUACUGGCUUCUGGGAGAGCGGCGCUGAACAUGCUCUGCUUCUCUCUUCACUUGCUGUGUGACCCGGAGAAGAAGGUUUACACGGUUCGGUUUUUCAUUACUUUCCUUUUGUAAUAUCACAGUUCACUGAGCAAAUUUCCAACCGAAUCGAUUUACACACAAUCAUUUUCCCACAGCUGCACUUCUACCUGCACCGUCGUAAUGACUUCUUCUUAGAUCUGUUGUCGGUUAAGUGCUAAUUUCACCCGCCGUGUACCAAUAAGCACCUCGUUAUGUUGUACACAAACAGAAGACGUGAGAAGGAACAUGAACAUUUGUUAACGACUAUUAAGGGCAGAAACUCAGCAAAAUUUUCACAUUUAUUUCAAUACAAUGACUCCAAUAAACUUUUUUUUUUUUUUUUUUUUUUAAGUACAUAAGAAAUUCUGUGUAUUUCUCGGAUAAAAGGUACGGCACACAUUUUAGUUCAUCAAAAGGUGCUAUAAUAUUCCUUAUAUACAGUAAUAAUGUUUCUCUACAAUGAUGCAAAAGAUGUACCCUUGACGUGUCACUUCACUUUAAAAAAAAAUAGGGUUUAAAAGUGUUUUUACUGUAAAAUAUUUCACCGUCAUUUAAUAAAACCUUCAUUUAUG